AUGUUCUUCGGGGUUUGGUCAUAUAUCACAUGUCAUGGUCUUGGUCCGUUAAUUAUCUAUGAUGGACGUCUUAAUUCUCUUCAAUAUAUUAAUAUACUUGAUGAUCAUUUAUCAACAGCAUUCCAAAAAUUUCCAUCCACACAAUUACAGAAAAUUUUAUAUCAACAAGACAAUGCAGGUCCUCAUAGGUCAGCUAUGACUCAAAACUAUUUGCAAGAAAAUCGAAUUUCAUUAUUACAAUGGCCUGCCAAUAGCCCGGAUUUGAACAUUAUGGAGAACAUUUGGUCCAUUGUAGACAAUAGAUUAUUAAAAUUACCGAUUAAUAAUAUUGAUGAUUUAAAAUCUGCGUUACAACAUGUGUGGACAGAAAUUUCACAUAAUACCAUCGAGAAACUUUUUAAAUCGAUGCCACAGCGGCUUCGACAAGUAAUUAAUUUUAAAGGGUUUUCUUGUAAAUCAUAA